AUUUGUGUGAACCUAGGCAUUAGGUUUGUCUUGGAACCUAGCUCAUGGGUUCGUCUCGAAACCCAAGCGAGGGGUUCGUGAUGAACCCAGUGCCUGGUUCGUCUCGAACCAAGCUCCUGGGUUUGUCUCGGAACCCAGGCGAAGGGUUCGCGACGAACCUAGCACCUAGUUCGUCUCAAACCAAGCUCCUAGGUUCGUCUCAGAACCUAGGUGUGAGGUUUGUCGCAAACCUAGCUCCUGAGUUCAUCUCCGAACGGAAGAUGAGGGAUUUUCAGUUUAGCGGGAAGUAAGAUGAGAAAGAAUACGGUAAGUAUGUUCAGUUUGUUUCUUUGAUUGGAUGAGGUUGAAGAUAGUUAAGUAUUUUCGGUUUGUUUCUCUGAUUGGAUAGGAAGAAGAAACAUAUGUGCUUGUGCUGCUUGGUAAUGGUGGGUGAUGUUAUAAAUUGGACCCUUAUAU